AUGGCUCUCAGCGCGUCUUCUCUUCGAAAGUUUAGCAAAAGUGGUUCUAAACCCCUUCCUCCUGCGGAAUCAGGCUCUCGCGCCCGUCACUCCAUCCCUGGUCCUACUUCUCCGGCCCGUUUCUUCGGUCUCUUUAUGUUCUCUCUCCUUCGCAAACCCAUGUUUGUAGACUCUACUGUGAAGGCGGGCAUCUAUCUCUGCGGUGCUGCUGGGGGCUCGCUGAUUUUCGACUUUUUAAAGAUGCCGCCCUCAUACUUUUCACAGAAGCGCAAUGCUUUCAACCUUCUCUUUGUCAAAUGGGGUUGGGCUUGGACCUUCUGCUGCCUCUCUACAUUCAUUCUCAUAUCUACCUAUAUAUACACUGGUGGAAAUCGCCGGCUUAUUCGUGCUCAUCUUAUGCGUCUCCUUGUCGGUUCAGCCUGUUGGUAUGCUUGUACAGGGGUCUUCAACACCAUCGAGUAUAGUUUCGGGAACUGUUAUUACUCCAAUGGAACGCUUUUUCGCUCCUCCUCAUUUCGGCCAUUUAAUCGUCGCUCCUGUCGACAAGCCAAAGGGUAUUGGCUUGGGUUUGAUAUCUCGGGACACUGCUUUCUUCUCACCAUGUCAAACCUUUGGAUACUUGAGGAGUUAAGGGUGAUGCGAUCUUGGAACGUUCUCGGUGCUCUGCUGAAUGUGAGCACUCAUUCAGAUGACCUGGAUUCUUCUGCUAAUGCUGCGGUUAAGACAGAAGCACCACGGCUGCCAAAUUUGAGUUCGGAUACGGUGCAAGCGAUGCGAUCCGCGUAUGCUCGAUUGACGUUGAACCUCAGAAGUGUCUUCUGUGUCACAGCAUGUCUCUCUUUGCUGUGGGACUUUAUGCUCCUCGUAACCAUUGUCUAUUUUCAUUCGAUGCCGUCCAAACUUUUGGGCGCGUCGGUGGGAAUUUCCUGUUGGUUUGUAUGCUAUCGUGGCAUUUUCCCCAGCUUGCCAGUGGGGAGCCUUGGCGGAUUGGCACCAGGAAUGCCUGGAGAUGGACCGGUUCAUUUUGUCGCAAAGCGUUAG